AUGUGGCUGAUACUCUGGAGAAGCCCUCUCUUCCCCCCUGUUCUCCAAGUGCCUGAGCUGGUGGCCAGCUGGGACCUGCGUCUCACCCUCUGGGUCCUGAGCUUUGCCUCGAUGGUUGUGCAGAUGGAGGGCCAGGUCUACUCACCCACUGUCAACACACACUAUGGGAAGUUACGAGGGGUGCGUGUGCCGUUGCCCAGUGAGAUCCUGGGGCCCGUGGACCAGUACCUGGGGGUUCCUUAUGCCGCUCCCCCCAUCGGGGAGAAGAGGUUUAUGCCCCCCGAGCCACCACCAUCCUGGUCGGGCAUCAGGAACGCUACCCACUUCUCACCAGUCUGCCCCCAGAACAUCCACAACGCUGUUCCCGAGAUCAUGCUGCCCAUCUGGUUUACCUCCAAUUUGGAUAUCGUGGCCACGUACAUCCAGGACCCCAACGAGGACUGUCUGUACCUCAACAUCUACAUCCCCACGGAGGAUGUAAAACGGAUUUCCAAGGAAUGCACCCGAAAGCCCAACAAGAAAAUAUGUAGGAAAGGAGGAGCCAGCGCUAAGAAACAGGGCGAGGACUUAGCGGAUAAUGACGGUGAUGAAGACGAAGACAUCCGGGACAGCGGGGCCAAGCCGGUGAUGGUGUACAUCCAUGGUGGCUCCUACAUGGAGGGCACGGGGAACAUGAUAGACGGCAGCAUCCUGGCCAGCUAUGGGAACGUGAUUGUCAUCACCCUGAACUACCGCGUUGGAGUGCUCGGGUUCCUGAGCACAGGGGACCAGGCUGCCAAGGGCAAUUACGGGCUGCUGGACCAGAUCCAGGCGCUGCGCUGGGUCAGCGAGAACAUCGCCUUCUUUGGGGGAGAUCCCUUGCGGAUCACUGUCUUCGGCUCCGGCAUCGGUGCCUCCUGUGUCAGCCUGCUCACCCUCUCCCACCACUCUGAAGGUCUCUUCCAGAGAGCCAUCAUCCAGAGCGGCUCUGCGCUCUCCAGCUGGGCAGUGAACUACCAGCCUGUGAAGUACACCAGCAUGCUGGCUGACAAGGUGGGCUGCAAUGUGCUGGACACCGUGGACAUGGUGGACUGCCUGCGGCAGAAGAGUGCCAAGGAGCUGGUAGAGCAAGACAUCCAGCCAGCUCGCUACCAUGUGGCCUUUGGGCCAGUCAUUGAUGGGGAUGUGAUCCCAGAUGACCCAGAGAUCCUGAUGGAGCAGGGCGAGUUCCUCAACUAUGAUAUCAUGCUGGGGGUCAACCAGGGUGAAGGGCUGAAGUUUGUGGAGGGUGUGGUGGACCCUGAGGACGGUGUCUCAGGCAGUGACUUUGACUACUCAGUUUCCAACUUUGUAGACAAUCUGUACGGCUACCCUGAGGGCAAGGACACCUUGAGGGAGACCAUCAAGUUCAUGUACACGGACUGGGCUGACCGGGACAACCCUGAGACACGUCGCAAGACUCUGGUGGCUCUCUUCACUGACCACCAGUGGGUAGAGCCGUCGGUGGUGACAGCUGACCUGCACGCCCGCUAUGGCUCCCCCACCUACUUCUAUGCCUUCUACCACCACUGCCAGAGCCUGAUGAAGCCUGCAUGGUCCGAUGCAGCCCACGGGGAUGAGGUGCCUUAUGUGUUUGGGAUCCCCAUGAUUGGCCCCACAGACCUCUUUCCCUGCAACUUCUCCAAGAAUGACGUCAUGCUCAGUGCUGUGGUGAUGACCUACUGGACCAACUUUGCCAAGACAGGGGACCCCAACAAGCCUGUCCCCCAGGACACCAAGUUCAUCCACACCAAGGCCAACCGGUUUGAGGAGGUGGCCUGGUCCAAGUACAACCCCCGUGACCAGCUGUACCUGCACAUUGGGCUGAAGCCACGGGUACGCGACCACUACCGGGCCACCAAGGUGGCUUUUUGGAAGCAUCUGGUUCCCCACCUGUACAACCUGCACGAUAUGUUCCACUACACCUCCACCACCACCAAAGUGCCACCACCCGACACCACACAGAACUCCCACAUCACCCGCCGGCCCAACAGCAAGAUCUGGACCACCAAGCGCCCCGCCAUCUCGCCCGCCUACAACAGCGAGAACGGGAAGGAGAAGUGGAGCCCAGAGCAAGAGGCGGGCACGCUGCUUGAGAGCCCCCGUGACUACUCCACUGAACUGAGCGUCACCAUCGCCGUGGGCGCCUCCCUCCUCUUCCUCAACGUUCUGGCCUUCGCUGCCCUCUACUACCGCAAGGACAAGCGCCGGCAGGACACGCACCGGCAGCCCAGCCCCCAGCGCGGUGCCUCCAACGACAUCGCCCACGCGCCUGAUGAGGAAAUGCCCUCCUUGCAGGUGAGCCAGGGGCACCAUGAGUGCGAAGCUGUGUCAUCCCACGACACCCUGCGCCUGGCCGCUCUGCCCGACUACACCCUCACCUUGCGCCGCUCUCCGGACGACAUCCCGCUUAUGACCCCCAACACCAUCACCAUGAUCCCCAACUCGCUGGUGGGGCUGCAGACCCUGCACCCCUACAACACCUUCACCGCCGGCUUCAACAGCACGGGGCUUCCGCACUCACACUCCACCACCAGGGUAUAG